CCGAGGCAACAAAUGAUUUCUGGAAGCAACACUUGCCCCUGGCGAUGGGCUGUUCCUGAAGUCACGGCACCUGUGAGUCACCCUCCCACAUUCCAUUGUUCACAGACGUUCCCUUCCAGCUGGGAAGGAGUACAGAUACAGCCCAUCCCCUGCUCAGCCCAUCGCCCCGGCACACCUCAAAAGUUUAUGAUCAGCCCUAGAGGAUCCAGUUCAAGGCAAAGGAGAUCCCUUGAAGAUGAAGAUCUGCUUCUUUGUCCCUCUCUGCGUGCUGCUCCUCCUCUGCAUAAACGAAGUUCACCCGCUGAUGUGCUUCACAUGCGAACCAUCGUCCAGCAACUGGUCUUGCCUGAAGGCCGUCAAGUGCUCGGAGAAUGACAAGCACUGCGUGACCACAGUCGCCUCUUUCAGGAUUGGCUUCUUGACUGUCAGAAAGAGAAUCACCAAGAAGUGUUCGCCGAGCUGCCCGAAUCUGAACAUGGAUAUGGGCAUUGCUGCCUUCCAGACGUCCUGUUGCCAAAGUUUCCUCUGCAACCUUUUCGGACACAUCACAGCUAAAAACGAGACCCGGUGACGGGCUCUGUGUUCGGAUCUGUGUUCAGAUGCGACCCACUUCCUGGUGGCCAUUUGAGAAGCUAUCUUAGCAUAGGGCUACCAGAUCUCAAGGCCAGAUCUGCCAUUUUCACUCUGUCCUCCUAGGCGUGCAGUGAUAAAACUGCUAUCACAUCCGAAGCUUUUCUUUUAGGGAUUAUAGAAACGGAUAUACAGUGCUACCUUGGUUUUCAAACUUAAUCCGUU